AUGGCUGAGGGCAACCUUCACAACGUUCCUAUUGUCAUUGACAAUGGCAGCGGUACUAUUCGAGCCGGGUUCGCUGGCGAGGAGGUUCCAUCAUGCUUCUUUCCAUCCUUCGUCGGCCGGCCAAAACACCCGCGGGUCAUGGCCGGCGGUCUGGAAGGAGACGUCUUCAUCGGACAGCGAGCACAAGAAUUGCGCGGCCUGCUCAAAAUCAGAUACCCGCUAGAGCAUGGCAUUGUUACAGAUUGGGACGACAUGGAGAAAAUCUGGCACUAUGUCUACGAGAAUGAGCUCAAGUCGCUCCCCGAAGAUCACCCUGUCCUCCUGACCGAACCACCACUCAACCCGCGCAAGAACCGCGAUAUCGCUGCCCAAAUCAUGUUCGAGACCUUUAAUGUCCCGGCUCUGUACACAUCUAUCCAGGCGGUGUUGUCGCUUUACGCUUCCGGGCGGACGACUGGGGUGGUUUUAGAUUCAGGAGAUGGAGUCUCACAUGCGGUUCCCGUGUUUGAGGGUUUCGCGAUUCCCAACAGUAUUCGGAGAAUAGAUGUGGCGGGACGAGAUGUUACGGAACAGCUACAGCUGCUGUUACGGAAGACCGGGAAUGUGCUUCAUACCAGUGCGGAAAAGGAGGUGGUGCGGAUGAUCAAGGAGAAAGUGUGCUAUGUUUCGUUGGACCCGAAGCGGGAAGAGAAGGACUGGGCGAACAAUUACCACAAGUCGGAUUCGAAGUUUGCGGACUACGUCUUGCCAGACGGACACAAGAUCAAGGUGGGACAAGAACGGUUCCGUGCUCCUGAGAUCCUCUUCGACCCUGAACUUAUCGGCCUCGAAUACCCCGGUGUCCACCAGAUUGUCCAGGACGCUAUUAUACGAACGGAUCUGGACCUGCGGAAAUCGCUGUACCUCAAUAUCGUUCUCUCCGGUGGUUCGACACUAUGCAAGAACUUCCCUGAUCGACUGAUGCGCGAGAUUAAGCGAUUGGCCGUGGAAGACAUGAAGAUUCGUAUAUCUGCUCCUGCGGAGCGAAAAUACACAACAUGGAUUGGUGGUGGAAUUCUCGCUGGAUUGAGCACAUUCCGAAAGAUGUGGGUUAGCGCAGACGAGUGGCACGAAGACCCGGAAAUCAUUCAUCGGAAGUUCGCAUAG